CGUCUGCUGAUACUGAAGGAAGCUCCCGAACCGACAGCCUCUCUCUGUCCGUUGUCAGAACCAUAAACCCCCAACAACUGUAGUUAUAUACGUCCAACCCCACCUGUUUCUCUCUCUAAAAGUCUACAGUCUUUGGACUCCUAGAUCUUUCUGUGUUUGUGUAAAUGGCUGUGUCCUCACCUAACGCAGACAAAAUCGAACCUUCACAGUCCAUGGAAUCAUCACCUUCAAGACGAGUGUCUGACGUUGCCCCCGACUUCUCAGGUGAACUCUCUUCCACCGCCGAUUCAUCUGAUCCCAACACAAUCAACCCUGAUCUGUCCGAUUCUUCACUAAACCCUUCUAAAGAACUUGAAUUUCAGCCUCAGCCCUCUUUGAGAAGUGAGGAGUAUCGACAACUGUUCCGUCUUCCGCCUGAUGAAGUCCUUAUUCAAGAUUUUAAUUGUGCAUUGCAAGAGAAUUUUCUUCUUCAGGGUCAUAUGUACCUGUUUGUUCAUAGUAUUUGCUUUUAUUCUAACCUAUUUGGAUUCGAGACAAAGAAAAUAAUUUCAUUUCAUGAAAUCACUUCUGUACGAAGAGCAAAGACAGCGGGAAUAUUCCCUACUGCCAUAGAAAUCAUAGCUGGAGGAAAGAAGUACUUUUUUACGUCUUUCCUGUCCCGCGACGAAGCUUUUAAGCUGAUUAAUGAUGGUUGGUUGCAGCAUUGUAAUGAGGCUAAAUCAAUCACAGAUCAACAGGAGUCAAAGUCUGAGUUAAAUAGCCAAGAAAAUGGAAUUGUUGCAACUGAAAAGGCCAGUGACUCCAUUGACUCCAAACUCCCAGUAGAUGAGCCAGCUCUCACUGAAGGGGGCAAAGAUGUUUCUAUUUCAGAAGAUUGUAAGCUUCCACCUAAUGGUGAAGCUGAAACUGCAUCUUCAGGAGCAUCUGAAUAUUUAGAAGAGGAUUCAGAAGUAGUCGUAAAUCCUUGCUCUUCAUCUUCUAUAAGAAGUUCGGUAUGGGAGCAGGAUAAUUCUGAUGCGCCUAAAGUACCUGAAUAUUAUACGAAGGUUGCAGAAUCAAAGUUUCCGGUAAUAAGGGUAGAGGAGUUCUUUAAUCAUUUUUUUUCAGAUGAUUCUGUUGUCUUUACUGAAUCAUUUCACAAGAGAUGUGGAGAUAAAGAUUUUAGCUGCAGUUCAUGGUAUCCUCACGACGAAUUUGGGCAUGCUCGUGAUGUGUCAUUUCAACAUCCUAUUAAACUUUAUCUUGGUGCAAGAUUUGGUAGCUGCCAAGAGUUUCAGAAGUUUCGAGUUUACAGAAACAGUCAUUUGGUUUUUGAAACAUCACAACAAAUCAGUGAUGUACCUUAUGGAGAUUACUUCCGUGUUGAGGCACUUUGGGAUAUGGAGAGAGAUGGCGAUGAAUCAAAAGAAUGUUGCAUUUUGCGGGUAUAUGUCAAUGUGGCAUUUUCCAAGAAAACCAUGUUUAAAGGGAAAAUAGUGCAGUCUACCGUGGAUGAGUGUCGAGAUGCUUAUGCGAUUUGGAUAAAUAUUGCGCAUGAAUUGUUGAAGCAAAAGAAAGUUGAAAAAGAUGAAGCAGCAGAAGGUUCUUCAGUUGACUUGAUUCCAAAUGGUCAAUUUCUUGAAAGGCAAUCAAAAACUGGGGAACAAUCAGAAAAUUCUCAGGAGGAAAGUGACUUGAGGGUCUCCCAGGUGUUGCCAGAUUCCGAGGUUGUUAACGUACAAGGUGGCGAUCCCUUGCAAAGAAAUUUGAGUGGUGCUACUUCAGUUGCAUCUUUAUUUAGAGAAUCUAUGGUCAAGUUCUAUCUGUCUUUGAAAUCUCAGAACCAUGUUCCACUACUUUUUGUUAUCACAUUUGCUCUGAUCCUUCUUCUGAUGCAGUUGAGCAUUGUCGUUUUACUAACCAGACCCCAACAAAUCCAAGUGUUUCCUCAAACCGACUGUACGGGCAGCAGCUCGGGUAACGUAGGUGAAAGAGGAGCGGAAACCGUGGCUUGGAUGGAAAAGCGGAUUCACCAUCUCAAGGAUGAAAUGCUCAUGAUUGAGACGCUACUUGAAAAAAUGGGGCAUGAGCAUACAUUAUUGAAAGCACAACUGAAGGACCUAGAGCAUCUAAAAGAUCAAUAUAGAUAGAUAAUAGCUGACACUGUAUGUAUAAUUAUUCUUCUGUUUGCUGGUAAAUUCUCACACUUUUUUUUAUUUGUUCAAAUGUAAAUUGUAAGGAUGUGUAGUUGGAUUCUGAAGAAUAAAUUGUAUACGGACCUAAUAUAUGGAUGUUCUUUUAUUUUUCUA